AGUAGCUCGAGCAAUAGUUUUUAGACAAUUUGGGAUGGUUCAAAUUCCCAGCUUCCUUGCACUUUCGCUGAUUACACCAGCUGCAGAAACAGAGACUCACUGAAGAGGAGAAAUGAGCGGAGAAGGGAAGGUGGUGUGCGUGACUGGAGCUUCGGGAUACAUAGCUUCAUGGCUAGUCAAGCUGUUGCUUGAGCGUGGCUAUGCUGUUAAAGCUUCAGUUCGUGACCUCAAUGAUCCAAGAAAGACAGAAUUCUUGGAGGCACUGAAUGGAGCCAAGGAAAGACUUCACUUGUUCCAGGCAAACUUACUAGAAGAGGGAUCCUUUGAUGCAGUGGUUGAUGGAUGUGAAGGCGUUUUCCAUGCUGCAUCUCCAGUUCAACUUUCAGUGAGCAAUCCGCAGGCACAGCUAUUGGAUCCUGCAGUGAAGGGAACGCUGAAUGUGCUACAGUCUUGUGCCAAAGUUCAAUCUAUCAAAAGAGUGAUUUUAACGUCUUCUAUUGCAGCAGUUGCUACCAAUGAUGAAUUAAAGGACGGUGUCAUAGUUGAUGAAAGUUGGCUUUCAAAUCCAUUAUAUUGUGAGGAGCACAAGUUAUGGUAUCGACUAUCAAAAAUUUUGGCAGAGAAUGCUGCUUGGGAUUUCUCAAAGGAGCAUGGUAUUGACAUGAUUUCAAUUAAUCCAGGAAUGGUCAUUGGUCCAUUCUUGCAGCCUUCUGCCACUUUGAGUGCAGAAGUGAUCUUGAGCCUAGUAAAUGGAAUUGACCCAUUCCCUAAUAUGAUUAUACCAUGGGUUGAUGUUAGAGACGUUGCAUAUUCACAUAUUGUUGCCUUUGAAAUCGCUUCUGCCAGUGGAAGAUAUUGCGUAGCUGAGAGAACUGCAGGCUGCUGUGAGCUUAUCAAGAUUCUGACUGAACUCUUCCCUAAUCUCCAAUUGCCAGAUAAAUGUUCUAAUGGCAGUCCACUAAUUCAGCUGAAAUAUGAUGUAUCAAAUGAGAAAGUAAAAGGUUUGGGCAUUGAGUUCAUGCCUUUGGAGGUGAGCCUCAAGGAUACUAUCGAAAGCUUCAAAGAGAUGAAAUUAGUCAGCCUUUGAAUCAUGGCAUUCAUGUACUGUCAUUAACUUGAAAUUGUUUAUAUCCAAGUUUGGAAAACAUACAAUUUCAAACUUUUUAUUCUUGUUUGUACAAGGUACGCGAUGGAGAUUAUAUAUAAAGUUGCUAAAAUGUAAACAAAAAGGACAGAACUGGUACGAGCAUGAAUAGGCUGCUCCAUAAGGAAACAAUCAGAAAGACAUUUUGGUAUAUCUGAACAGAUAAUAAAAGCAUAGCACCUCAUUAUUGACCA